ACCUAUUUUGCGAGUUUCCAAAGCUUCAUUCUUUCCUAAUCAUUUAGAAAAUUGUUUUUGCUACGAACAGGAAUCUACACAACUCCAGAACAAUGUUGAGGCAAUCGCCACGUAGGAAUCAGAGGAGCAAAGGGAUGAAGGUGAAGCAUGUGUUGCAGGUGUCUGUGCUCCUUGGGGUUUGCAUCUGGUUGGUGCUUUACCAGAUGCCUCACCCCAGCGAUGCCGGAUCCUUUUCUCAGCACGGCAUCAAGCUCUCCCAGAAGCUGCGCGCUGCCGGCGAUAUCAAGCUAGGGAGGAAGGAUCUCAAGCCGAGGACGACAACCCUAGUCGGCGAAUUGGAUGGCCAGAAUGCCACCAAGGCAGAAGAGGGCGGCGAUGCCAAGGAAAAGGAUGCAGAGAAGGAGAAGGAGAAGCCGAAAGAAGAAGGUGAAAAGACGUCUGAUAAAAAAAAGAUAGCAAAAGGUGAUUGGGAUAUCAAGAGAGAAGAGAAAAAGGUGGAUGAUAGCAAGAAAACCGAGACAAAGGUGGAUGAUAGCAAGAAAACUGAGACAAAGGAUGGCGGUGACAAGGUAAAAGAGAAGACGACAGCGAAGAAAGAGGAGGAGAAGGGCAGUGGUGGUGGUGAGGAAGCAAAGGAAAAAGGUGGUGAGGAAGCAAAGGAAAAGGAUAAGAAGAAGACGAAGAAGAAGGAGAAGGAAGAUGGUGGUGGCGAGGAAAAAGGGAAGGAGAAGACGAAGAAGGAAGGUGGUGAGGGCAAGGAGACAAAGAAAAAGAAGACGAAGGAAGAAGGCAAAGAGAAGAAAAAAGAGGACAAGAGCAAGGGUGAGGACGCGGAGAAAGGCAAGGGCAAAGAGGAAGAAGAUACGGGUGGAAAGAAGGGUGAGGGUGUGCAAAGGGAAAAAGGAGCAACUGAGGAUUACUCUGCCUCACCAAAAGCAAGUGAAGAAGAAGCUGAGUCUCCAUCCCCAGCACUUGCAAAAUGAGAUCUCACAUAAUUAAUGAGGUCUCAAGUAGACUUGUAUUUCCCAUCUUGAGUAGAGAUGCUAAGUUUUAUACAUAUUUUGUUUUUUGUUGUGCUUUGAA